CCCUUGCAGCACCUUCAGUUUCUUCACUCUCAGGCUCCUUCAGAUCGGCUCCUGCAGCCUCUCUGGGAUCAUCUCCUCUCCAACCAUCUGCCUCUAAUCACCUCUCCCUUCUUCCCCGUGCACCUCGCCUUCUCAAGCUACUUUUUUAUCCCCGCGACCGUGGUGCCCCAAGAGGCACCGAGCGUGUACGCGGUGCUGGUGGAUGGGCUGGCUGUCCUGCUUCUGUUUGACACUCAGUACUUCAUCUGGCACGUGGUGCACCACAAGCACCUGCAGUUUUACCGGUGGGUGCACGCCGUCCACCACGAGUACAUAUCCCCCUUCUCCUGGUCCGCCGAGCAGCUCGGCAUCCCGGAGCUGAUGGCGGUGGGGUUCUGGGGAAACCUGGACCCCGUUCUCCUGGGAUGUCCCCCGCUGACGACGUGGUGCGUGACCGUGUUCAGCAUCUGGAUGUCGGUGGAGGACCACAUCGGGUACGACCUGCCGUGGACGCUGAACCGGGUGGUGCCCUUUGGGCUGCUGGGCGGAGCGCCAGCACAUGACAUGCACCAUCAGAAGCCAGGGUGUAACUUCGCCCCGUUCUUCAGGCACUGGGACAGGAUCUUUGGCACGGCGGCACCGGUUUACAUUAAUGCAAAGAAGUUGUGCAGCGGUGUGUCAGAAAAUACAUGUGUAGGAAAUAAACCUAUGUUCUGUCGUUUACUUUUUAUAUUGUAAUUUUCCUGCACUGCAAAGUAAAUGUUUAUUUUGUUUAAUUAUGUGUGCUGUAUCCCCAACAAUGUGUCCAAGAAGGUUUUGCUGACAUAGUG